AUGACGCUUAUCAAGACCCUCACCAACAAGACCCUCAAGGGUCACAAGGCCGUCAUCUUCACGACGGUGCCGGCGCCGCAGUCGCAGCUCGACCGCAUCCAGAAGCAGUUUCCUGAUCUCAAGAUUAUAACUCGGCUUCAGCCAUGGGGUGCUCCUCUGGACCCGGAUUUCAAAGAGGAGGAGUGGAAGGAUACGACUGUGCUGCUGACUGCCACCAUUCUUCCCAUCAGGGAGCAGGCGCCUCAUCUUCAAUAUGUUCAGUUGACCAGUGCGGGCGCGAACCAUAUUGUUGAUAGGCCCCUCUUUUCCGGGACGAAUAUCCCCUUUUCCACGGCUAAUGGAGUCCAUGGACCUCAGAUCGCUGAAUGGAUUGUCAGCACUUUCCUGACGUUCCAGCAUCACCUCAAGGAUUAUUGGAAGCUCCAGGAGGAGGCCAAGUGGAAGAGACUCCACCAGAACCCUGAAGAUGCCGAAGACACUGUCGGGAAGCGGAUAGGCAUCCUGGGCUACGGUAGUAUUGGCCGUCAAACCGCCCGUGUGGCCAAGGCCUUGGGCAUGGAUGUUCACGCCUACACCCUUCACCCCCGUCCAACUCCCGAGUCGCGCAGGGACGACUCGUACUCACCCGAAGGACUUGGUGACCCCGAGGGCGCGUUCCCCAGCAAGUGGUUUUCUGGCGGCUCCAAGGAGGACAUCCAUGCUUUCCUGGGCUCUGACCUCGACCUCCUUGUUAUCGCCACGCCCCUCACAGCAAAGACAAAGAACCUGAUCGCCAAGCCUGAGUUUCAAGUUCUCAGCAAGAAGAGGACGUUUGUCACCAACAUUGCACGUGGACCCAUCGUCAACACUGACGAUUUGAUCGAGGCGCUCAACACGGGGGUUAUUCGGGGUGCUGCGUUGGAUGUCACGGAUCCGGAGCCUCUGCCUGAUGGUCAUCCUCUUUGGAGUGCCAAGAACAUCACCAUUACUCCUCACAUCAGCGCUGCAUCGGCGGCGUAUUACUAUAGACUUUUGGAUAUUUUCAGAUUGAAUCUUGAGAGGUUGAGUCAAGGGAGGGAGGAUCUGAUUAACAAGGUCAACCGCAAGGAGGGAUACUGA